GUCCACAUCUUUGCGUUGGAGCAAGAAUUGACAGGCCUGCAGGCCGCGAUGGGCUGCAGCUUCAAAGAUCGGCUUGCACAGGAUGCGGACGACCUUCUAAGCAUGCUGAUUGGUGGCGUGGCCGUGAGACUACACAUCUUUACGAAGUCUGAGGUGCUCUCGGACGCAUUGGCCGUCGACGCUGGCGUCACUGUGGAGGCUGGCGAUCUGAACGCUCCGCACAACUUUGUGCGCUUCUACCUUGCCAAGUGGAUCCCCUAUGCGAAGAGGAUCGUGUACCUUGACACCGACGUCAUUGUCAAAGGUGAUGUCUGCGAGCUUCACGAUUCAGUUUUCCAGGAAGGCUACGCCGUUUCUGGCAAGGUCCUAGCUGCAGUGCCUCGCCGCCAUCUACCGCUAUCCUUCUACCUCAAGGUCUUCAGCCCGCGAAUGCCUAUCUGGGUGCCAUCGUCCGCUCCCAGCUUCAAUGCAGGCGUUAUGGUAAUCGACAUGCGCGCUUGGGAAGAGCUCAAUGUGACUGGCGAAGUCCUAAGCUGGGCUCGGCGCAACAAGGAUCGUGAUCUCUGGAGGCAUGGAUCUCAACCUCCUCUUCUGCUACUCCUCUACGACCGGGUGGAGUGGAUUGAGGACAUUUGGAAUGUGGAUGGUCUCGGCCACUAUGGAAAUCGCUCAGCGGAGCUGAUUCGCAAGGCAAAGAUCCUUCAUUGGACCGGCCCUCUGAAACCAUGGCUCGGUAACGGCCUGCGCAAG